UAUAUGUGUGUGUGUGUGUGUUUGGUUAUAAUAUAACGACGUCGACCAAAAAUAAACUUAACGCGAUUUAGUCUUCCACAAUCGUUUGAAUCGAUCAGUGUCUUACUGUUUUUUAAAGCGUUGUGACUUCAGCCCACACUGCACAGCUAUAACUCGGCUCUAUACCGGGAUUUCGUGUCUCGAGUACGUCUGCAAGCGGAGUUUCACAGGAGCUGACCGCCUCGCGCCUCACGUAAAAGCGAUACCGUCGUGCAACAGUGAAAAGGUAAAAAAAAAAAAACCAUCGUUUUAAUAUUAAACCGUCGUAGUAGAUAUAGACAAGUAUAAUAUAGGUAUAUAUAUAUGUAUGUGUAAUUCAACUUUUAUUACUAAAUAAUCGGAUUAAAUAAAUAUAUUAUACACGCAGGGCGACUGUGUAAUAUUAUAACUGACACUGUAAUAAUAUUAUAUUAUACCUGCCUAAUAUAAUACGUCACUACGGGUGGAAAAUUGGAUUGUUUUUUUUUUUUUAAUUCAUUUUAUGUCCCUACGAUAAAAUACUUUUACAGCGAAAAAUGUUUACGAAUACCUCACCGACCUCACCCCCGUUUGUACUUCCCGUUUACUGUACAUAAUAAACAGUAGAUAGCGUAUUUUAAUGACACCGGUUGUAAUAUAGUGACAUACCGGAUGUUAUGACUUCGGGUUGAAAAUCUCGGAAAAACUCCUGUUAUAAUGACUGUACGACGGUUAUGACGGUUAUUUUUGGUUACAUUGGAAAAAUCUGUUGUCCAUAAUGACUGUAUUAAACUAUAUUAAACUGUAUUUAAUUUUAAAACAACUUUUUUUUUAUUUUAUUUUUUGUUGAUUCUGAGUGGAGCAAAGAAGCUUAUAGUUUUACAAAGAUGUUGUUUUUUUUUUUUUAUCUGUGCGCUACUUUUCUACCAGAAGACUUGCUCCAAUUUCCACGUUUCUACGUUUAAUACCUUUUCUGAAAGGAAAUCGACAUGGGAAGGUAUUUUUAGUAGAUCAUUUUUCGAUUUUCUUAAGAGUUUUCUCAUCAAAUGCGAAAAACCGAAAAAAACAGGAAAAUUUACAAAAUAUAAUCUUACUAUUUUUUUUUCUAUGGACAACUUUUCUACCAUCAAUUUUGCUCCAACUUUUAACGAUAGCAAUGUUUCUAAAAGAAACUUUCACUAAUGAGGUACUUUAAAGAAGUCAUUUUUUGAUUUUUCUAAAAGUUUAACCAGAAAAUGAGAAAAACCAGGAUAAAACAUGGGAAAAACAUAGAAAAACUGGGAAAAUUGGAACAUAAAACAAAUUGUUUUAAAGAAAAUAUAUAAAGCCUAUUUAAUUAUUUUACUACAAAAUUACAUAAAUAUUGUUGACAAGGUAUCACUAUCAACUGAACUCCGCUCAGAAUCGUUUUUUCGUAAACAAUGGUUUAUCGUUGCUUUAUAAUAUACAUUAAAUUCUCAUCUACAUCCUACCUUCCCAACUUCCGACCUACACCAGUGGCUGCAUCCGUCCCCAUUAUCAUAAGUUUUUUUUUUUUUUUGCACGUAUUGAAGUCACGAUUCGGUGAUAAAAAUAUGACACUCUGAUUGUAACACAAUAUUUUGUUCGUAUAAAAACAAAUAUAUAUUGGUUUUUUUAAGUUUUGUUUUAGCAUUUUGGUUAUAAUGACAAUCGGUUAUUAUGUCUAAUUUUAACUAUAUAGUCCCUUGAAUGCCAUUUCAAACGGUUUCUAUUCUGUAAAUAAUCGACUUGGUUAAACCCAGAAGAUUUUGUCUAAUUAUUUAGAUUCUAAUGGAUUUGUACAUUUAUUUUACUGUGUGUGUUUUUAGAUUCUGAGUGUAGUGAAGAAUGUAUUGGUUUUACAAAGGUUUUUAUUUUAUUAUUUUUUUUUUAUAUAUAUAUAUAUAUAUAUAUACUGUGUACAGUAAUUCAAUCAGAAAUUUUGCUCUGAAGUAUUAAGUAAAGCACCUUUUCAUAAAGGGAAUUUUCUGGGGUGGUAUUUUAGGGAGUUCAUUUUUUGAUUUUUCUAGAAGUUUUUCCAAUAAAUGGGGAAAACAUCGUAAAACCCGGUAAAAUAGAUAAAAUGUUAACCCUUCCAGUAUUAUUAAAAAAAAGUAUAUCGGUAAUGCAUAUGUAAUUAUUUCAUCAUAUUGUGACAUAUUUAUUGUUGACAAAGCAACACUAUUAACCGAAUUCCGCUCAGAAUAGAUUUUCGUUAGCAAUGGUUAACCGUUGCGUAUAGGUAUACGAUUAAUUUCUCCUUUACCUAGCCAACUUCUCACCUACAAUAGUGGGCCACCCAUCGUGUAAAGUAUGUCUGUAUCUUUUGUUUAAGUUGUUAAAAUAGACGUACAUUCAAUUUCCCCUAUACCUUCCCAACUUCACACCUAUAACAGUGGCCUAUCCACGUGCAAAGCAUGUCCGUUUUUUUUUUUCUGAGUCCGAGAACAAGUUUUUGAUCAUAAUGAUGACUUGCUCCAAUCGAAAACUACAAAGAACCUUUUUCUGUAUAAAAUUCGGGAUAUUUUUACUACUUAGAUUUUUUAUUAUUAUUUAUUUAUGUGAAUAAUUGUUUGGGGUUGUAAAAAUACUCGAACAUUUGAAAAAAAAAAAUAUAUAUAUGUUUAACCGAGCUCCACUGAGAAACGUAUUUGGUCCCAGCGGUUUGUUAUCGUUGCACUCGGUAUUCAAUCUAAAUUAGGAGUACUGCUUUGGGAACUAGAUUUACAUAUUCUCGUUCCACACAUAAAAACGCAAAUAUAUUGAGUUUAUUUCAAGAAUAUACGCUUGUCGUGGAAAUAUUCGUCACAUAAGUAAAGGGACAUUUUUAUCCUCGGAUCAAUAGUUGCCCACCGGAUCGAAUUGUCCCCAAAACAGAUCAAUAUGUACUGUUACCGCCACAUAAUGUCUCUACAAUGACCAGAAAUUUUAGCCUUUGCAUCUGUUCUGGUUGGUUAAAAAUAGAAUGUUCUGGGUUGUAGUAAAUAUUGAAAAAAAAUAAUAAGAAAAUCGUCACUCGGUAAGACGUUUCCGCUGGAAUCACACCAAGGAGAUUACAAUUAAUUGAAUAUUUUUUAUGAAAAAUCAAAUUUCCCGUUGCCGGCUGUCGUGUUUUUUCGGUCUUAUCGCAAUAACCACUUUUUGAUCGAAAUUGUACCUACGCGACAAAUAUUAAAGAGGUUGACACAUUUGUAGUCACUGUACCUACUUGGUGGCAUUUGCAGUCACACGGGUUUUUUUUCUUUUACUUGCCAUCAAUUUUUACAAUAUUGACAAAGAACACAUUAAUAAUAAUAAUUUAAAAUAAUAGGUAUCUGAUAUAAACUAAAAUAAAACUUUCCUUCGCACUUUUACAGACUUAGGAUUGGCAAUAAGUAUUAAUUUAAUAUUUACCGCAAGUUCCACCAAUAAAGUAUUUACCGUAAAUGGGCCGGAAUCACAAUUAAACCCAUGACCGCAGUUACUACCAAAAAUGUAAUCAAAUUAAAGGUGAAGAAAAGCCGCACAUCCUAAACAAACGUACCUAAUCGUUAUGUUUGUAUACAAUCCAAUUGUAAGAAAUCUUGCAAAAGACGACAAUGGCCACAAUGUCAGAAACAGAAGUCUCAUAAAAAUUAAGACGCUCACACGCUCGAAUUUAUUUAAAGUUCCGAUUUUGAUGUACUCGUACAUGUCUUAAAAUUCCUGGAAUAAAAUGCAAUUUUUUAGAUUCUAAGCGGAGCGAGAAAUGUGCCUAUUGAUUUUACAAUGAUGUUUAUUUUUUCUUUUCUGUAGACAACUUUUCUACCAGCAAUUUUGCUACAAUUUAUAAUGACAGCACUUUUUUUGAAAGGAAAUCGGACUGUAUUGGUAACGUUAGGCAGGUAAUUUUUUGAUUUUCCGAGCCGUUUUCAUAACAAAUAAGAAAAACGGGAAAAAACGUAGGAAAACCGUGAAAAUAAGUACAAUAUUAAACAAAUAUAUAAUACAUACGUAAUUAAUAAUUACAUAUGCAAUAUUUUCUAAUUAUUUUACCAUAAUACUUUAAAAUAUAUUAUAAUUGAAUAUAUUUUUAUAAUAAUAUCUUACCAUAUGACAUAUUAUAUAUUAUUGAAAAAUCAACACACUGUUAACCGAACUCCGCUCAGAAUAACGAUUUUUCGUUUGCAAUAUUUUACCGUUGCGUACAGAUAUACGUUUAAUUUCCCCUUUACCUAGCCAACUUCUCACCUACAAUAGUGGGCCACCCAUCGUGUAAAGUAUGUCUGUAUGUUUUGUUUUAGUUGUUAAAAUGUAAUAAAUAAUUAUAUGCAUGAAAACAGUUGUAAUCAGUUAAUUGAAAAAUAACUAUCUCUUUUUUAUUACUAAAAUGAGUCAAAAAAAAAGUUGGGAAAGUAGGACGAAUAAUAUUAUUUAAUUUAUAUCUGUAAGCAACAAUAAACUGUUGCUAACGAAUUACGAUUCUGAGCGAUAUUUAAUUAUAAAUGUUUUGAAAUACCGUAGUAUAUAUUAUUUUCGUUAAAAUAUAAUUUUAAACCACUUAGAAAAAAAAAUUGCCCACACUUUUUUUUAUCACUUAGUACAACUUAUGAUGAACCUCGCGUUAAAUUUUGAAGCAUUUCAAUUAAAUCAAACAAUUUUAUUCACUUAUAGUACUUAUACCGAAUCAAAAGAAAAACCCUAAAAUGUAAAAUGCCUAUAAAUAGCUCAAAAAUCGCCAAAACGUUAGAUAAUUUAACCACGUCUAAAAAAUACUAUAAUAAAAUUUCAAGUCUGUAAUCAGAAAAUCAGAAACGGCUUGCUUGUACACCAACUACAAAAUGCAAUCAACAAAAGUUUUUUCCGUAGCCUUUCCCUUCCGUAAAAGUAUUUUCCGAUUUGGAGCAAGUUUUCUGGUAGAAAAAUCGUUUACAACCUGAAAAAGUAAAAAACACGCAUCGUUGGCUCCGUUCAGAAUCUCAAUAAAACAAAAGGGUGUCCCCAACUGUGUAGGUACCAUAUUCGCAUACGGCGCAAUAUUAAGGUUAUAACCGUUCGGGUUCGUAAAGUUGUCCAUUUCGUUCGCUGUUACGUGGGUACUGCUACAGCUAUAGUAAUUGCAUGACGAUUCGUGUAUACUCUUCAAUUACUAACGCGCAAGUCACGAGAACCCGGUUUUACAAUACAUUAUUAUAAUAAUAUCAGUGACGUAUUUACGGGUGAAAAUUAGGGAUAUAUAUUUCCUGCCACUCCCCCCCGCCCUGAAUUUGUUUGUAUUCUAUUAUUUAUGCGUCUACCAAUUGUGCGCAGUGGCGCAACUAGGGGGUGAGGGUUAUGACCCCCAUCCGAAACAUGUUUGUGGGUUACUUACGAGUUCUGCGUAAUCGUAUGGUUUAUCUGUCAGUUUGAAACACAAUGUCGUAUCAUCGUGUAUAAAUAUGUGAUGACAGCCAUCAUCAUAAAGAUCGUUUUCUGAACUUAGGAAGCUAAAAACUUAUUUGAGAAUCACUACAGGACAGCCGAGGCUUAAUGGAAUGGCCACUUUAAACGUGCAUACAGACAUUGAAGUUUAACCAGAUUCAGUGUUUGGUGAAAUGUUGAGGCAAUCUACUCGAAGAAUGAAUCUUAAACUGUAAAUUAUUAUUAUUAUCAUAUCAUAGUGUGACGUAUGAGUACAGCAUAUUUAAAAACAUAAUUAAUAUGAAUCCAAAUUGUUUUCCAAUAUGCGUUGUCUAUAAAUGAAAUUUAAACACUUUAAAGAUUUUACUCAUAAACCGAACUCAACCUUGACCCUUCUACUCCAACGGACAACAUCCAAAAUUGAAUUUUUUUUCAAAUUCAUAAAACUCCCUUCGAAAAUAAAUCCUGUUUGCGCCACUAAUUGUGUGUACAUUAAAUUCAAAUGUCGACGAGUUAAAUUAAUGCAUGGAUGCAAAGUUAAAUUAAUAUACCUAAACAUGUACCUAUACAUUUCUUGUUUAAAACGAAACCUUUAUGAAAACCACUAUUAUAUAAUGAAAGAGGUUAAAUAAGUAAAUUAAUUAAUAACAGUCACUUAACCUACAGGUACAUAUUAUAGUUAUUUGAUUUUAAUUUAAAGCAGAUUGUCGAAUUAAAAAUUACUUACGCAAAUAUAAAAUUAAAAAUCUAUUUAUAUUUUUUUUUAGCUCGGGUACACAUUACAUAAUAUGACCAGUGUUGUGUUUUAUCUAGAUUGGUAUAUUUUUAUCUUUCAUCUUUAUCCAGAUAAACGGGAAUUGUGUUAUCUAAGACAUUAUCUGAGGUGAACAAAUAAAUCAUCUGUGUAUAAAAUUUAAUAUUUUAAUAUUUAUAUGACAAAAUACGUUAACCAGGUAAAUAUUCUUUGUUUUCCGAUCACAAAAUAUUAAAUUGAUAUUUAUACAUUAUUGUUAUUGUUAUUAUUGUUAUUAUUUAUUACAUUGUAAACCAGCCGCGGCCGCUCCCCCUCCCCCUCAACCGUAUCAAAAUGUGUUAUUUUAAUUUUGGGGUAUAUUAAAUUGCAAUGGUUUGUGUUAUCCUAUUUUAAUACAUUGUUGUAUUAAUUAUUCAGCCGCGACAAAUUUAGUCUUCGUCUGUUCUUUGCGUAACAUAAAUGAAUAAAUUGCUGAUAACAAUAUUAUUAUUGCGACCGACUGAGCGACGAUGACCGUCAACUGCCAGCCGGCGCCCGGCGGCUCAUGGGGUUUUGUCCUAAAAAUAUCUUCCAUAUCCGUCUGAAAUUUAUAUCCAUGUUUUACUGUUUACCUUUGUUAUGUGAUUCAGAUGUUUUAACUUUUGAAUUUCAAAUCGCGUUCGAAAUAAUUGAGUAAAGAAAUCCGAUGCGGUUUACGAAAAUAAAAGUGUUCAUUGCGAAAAAAAUAAUAAGGAAUUAUCGCAUCAAGUACUAUUGCGUGUGUGUAUGCAAGUGUAAAAUACACUCGUAUUCACCAGUAGCUAUCUAAAUAUGUAUAUAUAUUUAUAAUCCGCCCCUCCCGUUAAUGUAGGCUUUUGUGUGUCUAGCUUUUAUCAUUUUGGUACACUAUAGUUUCCAGCCAUUUAUAGUCUUGUGCACGAACCAUUAUUUUUAUUAUAAAUGACUAGCAAUCCCGAGCCCGACGUUUCCCGCGCCAGGUUUUUUUUUUUUUUUUACCUUUAUUCCCGCAUUGUUUUGCCCCCGUAACUGUAUAUCGAACGAAAAUAAUAACGUACGUUCAAAGUAAAUGUUAAGACUGGUUAAUUUUUUCCCUUGAGGUUUUCGAUUUUGACACCAUAUUUUAACAUUUUAACUUAAACGUUGCAUUGUGCUUACUUAACUUGAGUUAAAACACAUUAAACCUUUUUUUAUAUAGAAAUAAGUGAAUAACAAACUAUUUAGCUUAUUGAGUAACAUAAAAAAUACGGUUGUUUUGAAAUUUAGGUGUGUUAUAUAUCUGGUAUACUUUAAGCACUUAGAUUUGUGAUCUAAUACCUAACCUAUUAAACAAUAAUAUUUUUUUUAUCUAGAUCAAAAAUUCUAUAAUUUUAUCUUAAUCUAGAUAGUUAAAUUCUGAUGUAUCUUUUAUCUUCAUCUAGAUAACCUUUAUGUCAAUUAUCUCUUAUCUCUAUAUAGAUAUUCAAAAAUGUUUCUUUAUACAACACUGAAUAUGACACAACUUUCAAUCUCCCUCCUUGGCGGCCACAUCCCGAGUACGCUACUGAAGAAUACAGAGUGAUCAAUCCUCGAUAAGGCACUCAUUAAUUAACUUUUUAUGUAUUAACUUUUUUCGACAUUUAAUAAUACUUCUUCUAUUUAUGGAAUUUUUAAUGAAAUUAAAAUCGAAACAAUGUCAUCGUUUCAUCGCCGAAAAUAAUGGUGACAAAAACCAAUGUUUUAUGUAAUAUCUCAGAGCGGCUUAUUUCUUGAAUUUUCUGAAAAUUAAUUACGACAAAAAGUUUAUCUGUGUCUCGUCGAGGAUUAAUCGCUCUGUAUAGUAUUACAUGUAUUAUGCAUAAUAAAAUUAUCACCUAUAUUGUGUACCUACCAAUAUAGGUUACUGUUUUAAGAUAAAACUAAGUAACGGUUAUUAACAAAUUCGAUCCCUACCCAACCUGAUAUUAUUAGUAUUAUUACCUAUACAAAUAACGCAUAUUAUUUUUGUGCACUUACUCACUGAAGGGCUGACUGUACUCUGCGGUGUUAUUAAUGUUUCGAUAACAAACGUGAAACGGGUAAACGUGAAGUGGCUUUUAGACAAUAAAAUAUUAUUGUACAUGUAAGUAGAUAAGUAGAUAUUGGUAUAAUACGCGCGAUUAACGCCAACAUCCAUACCUCUUCUCGUCAGUCAGUAAUAAUUGGAUAUUUGGAUCGAAACAAUUCGAUGUUCCCGUUAAAAACAAACAUAACAUGAGUAUUUAUAAAAAACACUCGUAUUUUAUUUGAAUAUGACUAGUAUGAGUAAUCAUAAUACCUACAAACUAAGAUUUGAAUGUUGUUCAAUACGGUAUACCUCGUACUCAUACGAGGUGUUUACCAAUAAAAUAAACUCCUAAGUACCUAUUUAAAAUGUAGAAUAACAUAUAGGCGUAAUGUUUAUUAUAAAAUUACUUUAAAUCACAUUAGCACGUAAAUUUUCAUUUGAUCCGACAAUCAUAUUAUAUAUAUAUAUAUACAUUGUCUGAUAAGGAUUUUUAGUGGGUACGAAACAAGACCAAGCCCUAAUCACUCGUAUUAUCGGGAUUUUUACGUUCACCGUUUGCGUUUAACAAACAAUAAUAAUAUUAUUAUUAGUACAUUAUAAGAUAAUAAUAAUAUAAUGGUACGUGACUACUGGUCAUAUAAUAAUAUUACACUUAACGCGAAUCGGGUCGCCGUCGUCGUUCGUCACUCGAUUGACUUGGAUGUCUAAAAUGUUUCUGAAAAAGAUGCCAAUUUCCGGGGGUGUUGCGUACGCGCGCGCCCGCCUUUAGUGUGAUGUCGUUAUUAUACCAUUGUGUUUACAUAGAUCGGUGAACCUGUAAUGAAUACCAAACAUAAAAUACGUAUUUAUAUAUACAGGAUGUCCCGCUGAGAUAUACCAAUUGCGGUAUCUCGGAAAAUACAAAUUUGUUUUUGAUAUUUUUGAUUCUGAGUGCAGCGAAGAAACUUAUAGUUUUACAAAGAUGUUUAUUUUUUUUUUUCUGUGGACAACUUUUUUACCAGAAAUUUAAGCGUAGCGCUUUUUUCUGAAAAGAAAUCGGACUAGAAAGUACUUUAAGGAGAUAAUAAGGAGAUAAGGCCGUGCUACAACACUUAUGACGCUCCACUACUCUCCCUCUACCCAAACUUAAAAAUGGAAUAUUUUGUGCACCGGGUUGACGGAAUCAAACAUUUCAACGCUAUAAUGUAUUUAAACUAAUCCAUUUAUGGAAUUUUCAAUAUAGAUUUCCGUUCGAAAAAACAAUUAUCGUUUGAUAAAACAAGUGUGAUUAAAAAUGAUGGCAAUAUAACAUUUAAUUAGAGCUAUUUGUUCUUUUUUAUUAUUAUUACAAAAAACAUACAAAUUCCGAAAUAAGUUAAUACUUUUCGAUACAUCACAAUGAGUACAUUUUCGUAGCGCACUUUGUAUAGACAUAUUGUUUUAAAAAAUGUUCGAACUGCAACGAGUUAGAACCACAAAUAACUUGUAGUCUAUGCGGUUAAAAUAAACUAUAAAUAGUAAGUAACAGGUAAUUUUAUAAAAAAAAAAAAAAUGCAAUAUUAUAGGUAUUAUUGGUAUUGGCUUAAAUAAAUAGCCGAGUAGACGUCGCGUUUUAGAGUGGUUUAAAUACAUUGUUUUUUUAAAUUCAAGGCAUGCAAACGUAAUUAAUCUGCUCACUCGGGGUCAGGACUCGAGAAUUUUUGUCUCGUUACGUGCCUGCAGCUCCUAUACAACUCUAUGAAAACACAAUGGAAUAUUAUUAUAUUAUCGAUAACGUUAAAACAGAUAAUACCAUUGAAAAACUAGAAAUGUUAUUGUCUUAAUAAAUACUUUUUAUUAAAAUAAUGCAGCCAUGUAAAUUGCUAUACAGGAAUUAUCUGUCUAAAACUUAAUCCGAUACGAGUAGGUAUAAUAUUAUUUAUGUUAAUUUUAUACCUCUAAUCUGUAAUAAUAUAGUAGAGUCGAAAAAUCGGUUAUCUGUAAAAGCAUCGAAUUGCAACCGUUUAUCGCGUAAAAUAAUAGUAACAAUAUUAAUAUUACAAUAUACAAACUACAGGGCCUAUUUGUUGUCAUUUUUCGUAUAGGUACUACACGCAAUUUGUCCAGAGUAAGCAGACUCAAACGGCCCCUCUUGGCCCCAAAAUUUAAUGAAAUCACUUUUUACUACCACAUUAUUCUUAAACUUAGUUAAGCAAUAAAUAUGGAUACCAUGACGAAUUGUUUUUGCUAAUAUCGUCAAAUAUCAUUAAACUUGAAGUCAAGCAUAAAAAAAAAUAAUAAUAAUAAUAUUAAAGUAAAAUUAUUGAAAAUUAUACUAUUAUUCCCUUCUAAAUCUUAAAAAAAUUCACUACUACUUCAAAUAUACAAAUAUUAUUGUCAAUACCACACCGUCAAUACUGAAGGUAUGGUUUACAGUACCUAUAACUCUCAAAGAUUACCGUGUUGAGUAUACUAGAAUAGUGUUAUCUGGAUUUUGUUUUCUUUUAAUUUUCAGUGUUAGUAUAAUUGUUAUAGAUUAACUGUUAAUUAGUCAUUCCAUACUCAUUAGUUAUUAAACACACUGUACUUCAUAUUUGCACACAUUGUGACGGAUUUUAUACAAAAAUAGCCCUUUUUAUGAUCGAACUACUCGAAUUAAAUAUCAUAUUAUAAUAAACAACGAUAAUUUUAUUUUAUUCUGAUUACGUUGUUUUCACCGCAUAUCUGUAUAUUCGUAUUUCGAACGAAAUUAUUAGAAUACGAGUGUUGUAGCAGUAUUGUGUUCGAUAAAUCGAGUACAGUUUUAUGGCCGUCUUUUUAACUUUAUCUUAAUCUUGUUAUUUACAUUUAAAACUAAUUAUAAUUUUUUUUUUUCGUUGUUACAUAGAAGUAUUUACCUAUCCUCUAAUAUCUCAAGUGGCUGAUAGUUUUACCGACUCGAGUAUUUGCUUUUAUUUUCAAAACACAAAUUCCGACUAUUAUUAUUACGAGAAUAGACGCCGAGUACCUGAGGCACAGUGUGGUCCCCAUUGACAAUAUUGAGUUCAGCCCCCAAACGUUUUACCGAUGAAAAAUAUCCUUUAUGAUAACAAUUAUGUAAAAUAUUUAUUCUUAACGGCUAAAUUACUGAAUUAUUCCGCCAUAAAUUAAAAAUUUUGAUAAAAAUGUUAUAAAAUAGAAUAUCAAGUUACACAUAAUAUGAUAAAAAAAUGUUUUUUCAACACCUGUUAUCACGAAUAACUUGUUCAUGUAGUUUCAGAUAUCUGAGGUUUCACGUGGUUCAUACGAUACCAAGUUAAAAACCGAGUGCAUAUUGGUAAUAAACUGAUAAAUAAUGAUAGCUUCUUGACUAAAAUAAAUUUAACAUGUGUUACUUACAAAUUAAAUUGUUUUCGAAUGACAAAACCUAUUCAAAAUAGAUAGUGUAGCUUAAGAUUCAGAGCGGAGGGAGGGAACUAUUCAUUUUUCUAUGAUGUGUGCUUUUUUUUAUUUUUUUCUGUCUGUAAACCACUUUUUAAAAAUAAAUCUUGCUCCUAUGUAUAGAGUAUAGUACUUUUUCUGAAAGGAAAUUUUGUCUAGUUGGUGCAUUAGGAAAAGGACAUUUUUUGAUUUUCUAAGAAGUUGUCGAAAUAAUUGGGAAAAACUCUAAGUAAAACUAUAGGUAAAACGGCAAAUAUUUACGUCGUUACCGUUUUCAUCGUUUUUAAUUUGUUCACACAAUUUUUUCUACCAGACAUACUGCUCCAAUCGAAAAAUGACAAGAAGUUGAUUUUGUCGAUUUUAACAUAUAACCACUGACAAAGAAAUUGUUUGAUAUAUAAAGUACUUUUCAUAAUAAUUGAGAAGAACCAAAAAAGACGAAAAAAGUAAACUGAUAAUUUACGGCGUUGCGAUUUCAUUAUUUUUGUAGUCGUAAUCGUUUUCUUUAAUUUUAAUCCGCAUGCGAACUGACAACAUAGUAAAUAUUGCGUUGUGCAAUAUAUAAUUAUAAUUGAAAUAUGAUUUAUGAUGAUAAUAAGAUGAAAUAAUGAAUAUUGACACUAUCGUAUAACUUAUUUUAUUUGUCUAAUAAGUGGUAUUUUAUACAAAAAGUAACAGAUAACUUGUCCGUAAUUAUUAUAUUCAACAAAUAAACUUAUUCUGGUAUAACGAAAAAGUUACAUCUAUUAAAAAAAAAAAAAAAAAACUGUAUAGUCUAUAUAACUCUUUCGUAUGACAAUUUUUUAGAAAAAAAGCUAUACGCGCAGCUCUUGGAAAUAUUCUCCGCUUUAAAUUUUGUUAUUUUUGUGUCUAUACUCUAAUCUCAACCUAAACGCUACAAUUUACGUCCUGAAUUAACUCGAUUUUCCGUCAGACGAUACGUGCGGGUAUGACAUCCCGUUAAAAUUAUUACCUAUUUUAACUUUGUAUCAUAUGGAUUUACAAAUAAUGUCACACUAUGGCAUGACUAGACUAACGGCAGCGGCAGCCUAGCUAAUGACCGGCGCCACUUAAUGAACCGAAAAAAUCCCCUUUGUUUCAUUGCCAUUCCGUACAGGCGUACAUUCUACAAAAAAUUAUUUUAGAGUCUUAAUUUGCAUUCGUCGGUACCGGAUUUUAAACGAAUAAAAAUGAGUAAAAAGAAAAAAUUUGUAUUGUACCUAUUUAUCAGAGGUUGUAGAUAAAAAUAUCCGAGGAAUAAAUGUCCAGAGGUAAAAAUGUCCGAUAAAAAAAUGUCUGGCUUGUACUCAAGGAUGGAAUCUUAGGUUUUCAAAAUUAUUUUCACAUUCCCAACCAGAUAUUAAUUGAAAAAAUGCGGUUGGAAUUGGGGGUAGACCAGUGCAAAACAGGUCAAAGGGAAAAUAUCGAACCACCAAAAAAAAUAUAAAAAAUAAAUAUGAAAACGUUUUGAAAUUCGUAUCCUUAAAUUUAAUUAAUAUUUUAUAAUAUAGUAGAAAAAUAUAUAUGUUUUAAUCAGUUUUAUUGGCAUUUUUAUUACUUUUAAGACCAAAAUCAAGAAGAUUAUUAAACCUAUUAAUAUUAUUAUUACGUCUUAAAAUUUUAUUUUAUUUCUUAUUUAUAUAUAUACAUAAAUUAUAAUUUUAAAGGUAUUAUAUUUUUUACCUCCGGACAUUUUUUUUCUCGGACAUUUUGGUGUAACCCCUUAUCAGAGUUUUUCUACAGAAGUAUAUCCUAGAAUGUAUACUUACUGAUUAACCAGGCGGUUAUAUCUCCUUGUGAAAAAGCCGGUGAUACCUGUUAAGUAAAUUGUAUACAGGUGAACCGUACGGUUGGCCAUGCACAAUUUUGGUGGUCGUCCAACAAAGUAUACCCGUAGCCUCCGCUAACUCGAGCACUUUGAUGUCUCUUACUGUGUUUGCUACGGCACUCGUCGUCAUAAUAUGUUUUUUGACAGGACAUUCUGAUUAAUUUAGGUGGUCGGCCAUCAGAAUACCGUAAUCUUCGCUAACUCGGGCACUUUGAUGUCUUCCACCGGACCCUCAGAUAUGUCCUUGAUUUUCACGCUCAUUAAGACGAAACGCGUGAAACGGUUACACGUACUACUUGCAAAACGUCUCUGUAAUUAAAUUUAAAACUCAUAAAUCUAAUGGGUCAAUCAUUUCUAACACACUUAAAACAUCAUAAGUAUAAUUAAUAAAGACGCAAAUCGUAAUAACAUUGCGGGACAAUAUAUUCGAACUUUUGCAUAGAAGUUUGCUUAGGUAAGGUUUGAGGUCAACGGCCUCGCCAGUGACAAAUAAUAUGCCCGUGGAUUAUUUUAUGACACUUAAAUUAAAAAAUAAAACAAAAUGAGACUAACACAGUUUUCUUCACAUGCAUAAAAAAUGGAAUAUAAAAUAAGAGAGUGAGGGUUAGUCCCCCCAAAUAAAUAUUUAUAUAAUUUAAAAAAUUCUGUAUUAUCUAUUUACAAUAAUAAUAUACAGUAUUUUAAAAACCUUUAAAUUUAACUAAAGAAAUAUUAUUCAUGUACAGGACUGGAUUACACCGCCACAUGUAAGUAAUUAACAAAAAAAUAUAUGAUGUGUUAUGAUAUAGAAAAAUAAAAAGACGUGGAUGGAUGCAGUCACUGUUAUAGGUAACUUAAUGUAUACCUAUGAGCAACAAUAAACUAUUGCUUACGAAAAAAAGAUCCUGAGCGGGGUUCAGUUGAAAGUGAUGCUUUGUCAACAAUAUAUAUGCCAUAUUAUAGUAAAAUAAUUAAAUAGGCUUUUAUAUUUUCUUUAAUAAUAUUUGUUUAAUGUUUUCCUGAUUUUCCCGGUUUUCAAAUUUUUUUCCCCGGUUUUUCACAUUUGCUGGGAAAACGCCUAAGAAAAUCGAAAAAUGAGCUAUCUAAAGUACCUCCCCCCGCACCGAUUUCCUUUCAGAAUAGAUGCUACACACAUUUUUUAAUAAAAAAAUGAAAAAGACAGACAUACUUCGCACGUGAUCCAGCCACUAAUGUAGGUGAGAAGUUGGGUAGGUAGAAGAGGGGAAAUUGAAUGUAUAUCUGAAAUCAAUGAUAAACCAUUGUUAACGAAAAAACGAUUCUGAGAGGAGUUCAGUUGAUAGUGUUGCUUUUUCAACAAUAUAUAUUUGCUUUAAUAAUAUUUGUUUAAUAUUGUACCUAUUUUCACGUUUUUCCUGGUUUUCCCGAUUUUUCCCAUUUUUUGGGAAAACUUCUGGAGAAAAUCAAAAAAUUACCUCCUAUAAAGUACCUCCCUAGUCCCCAGUAUUUUAGAAAAAGUGUUAUCAUUGUAUAGGAGCAAGAUUUCUAAUUGUUUACAGAUAAAAAAAAAAAUAAACAUCUUUGUAAAACCAUAAGCUUUUUUACUCUACUCAGAAUGUAAAAUGUAUAAUAAUUAUAAGAUUGUAUUUUAAACUUAAAUACUUUUCGUUCUGCAAUACAGAGUGUCCCACAAAGAUAUACCCAUUGUAAUAUCUCCUCCGGAGAUAAUGAAGAUAAUCAAAUUCUAUUUUUUUUUUUUUUAACAUAUUACUCACAGUGAUAAAGACUACAAAUAUGUAUAUUGUAAUUAAUUUUUUAUUUUAUUAUUUCUAAAAAAUUUAAAUAUAUUCAUUAUAUAGUUUAUUUUUCUGAACAUUUUGAUAUAACAACUAUUUAUUUUCAUUAAAUUCGUGAUUUUUAAUUAUUUUUUAAAGUUCAAAGAAAAUAAGCGUACAGUCAAUUUAUCGUAAUAAUAAUAUUCAAUUAGAUAAUCCAAUUACAGCUUGCUGUAUAGUUAUAAUUACUUUUCUCUGAACUUUAAAUAAUUAUUAAAAAUCACGAAUUUAAUGAAAAUAAAAAGUUGAUACGUCAAAAUGUUCAGAAGAAUAUAAACUCUAUAAAAUGGCUAAGUUAAAUUGGUAAACGGAAAAUCGGUACGGUCUAUUGUAUUUUGCACAAGAGAAAUGUAAUUAGCCGGAUAUUGGUACUAUAAAAUAUUUUAUUUUCAGUGGUUCAAAAAUGUGUCCAAAAUUAAAUUAAAUAUAAAUUUACAAUAUAUAAUAAUAUUUACAACAAUAGUUUCCUUGUGAUAGGUUAACAUAAAUAGUCAUGUUAUUAAACUUCCCCGUUUUAUUAUAUGCGCUCUCGUCUUCGGUCUUGAAUUUGACUAUUGUUGAGAGUUCGGGUGUCCGUGCCGUUUUGAUUGUUUAUUUAAUUCUUCGUAGGCAAGAUAUAAUACGAUGCAGUGUACUUAAUAUGAUUUAUUUUUUUUAUUAUCAUUUAAUUUAAGAAACUCUGAUUUUUAACGACCGUAACAAUAUUGCACGUUCAAAACAACAGUACCAUUUUCCGAUCAAUCUUUGAAUUUUUCAAAAAUAAUAAAAUAAAGGUGUUUUUGUUAAAUUUUUUACCAAAAUAUAAAAAAUGAAUUGCAAUAUAAAUAUGUGUAUUCAUUAUCCAAGUGGGUAAUUGGAACAAACCAGAAUUCGAUUAUCUUUAUUAUCUCCGGAGAUAUUACAAUGGGUAUAUCUUCGUGGGACACCCUGUAUAAUAACAAAACAAUAAUACAUAAUAUAUUAUGUUUAAAAGCCUUCGCACAAAUACUAUACGAAUUGUUAUUAAUCGAAACGCCAAUUUCAAAAUUGUGCGCAUAACGUUAGUUCGAUAUAUUUUAUUUGUUAGCUAUCGACUACUAUUUUACAGAUAUAAUAUUUUCAACUUCCUAUCUGUAAAUAAUAAUAUCAGAGUUGGAACGUAUAAUACAGUAAAGUAUAAAACACGUAAUAUACGUAUGUGUAUACGUUUUGUAUACAAAAAUUUUAUUUUUUUUUUUACAAUUGUAAAUUGAAUUUAAUCAUCAUUUUAUAUAUUUUAUAUUAUUUACCUAAGAUAUUUGUGAUAAUUUGUUAUAUUACCUAAUAACUUCAUCUUUAUUCUUUAUUAAUAACUACAUUAAUAUUUAUAAUACCGAAAAAUAAUUUGUUUUGUUUUUAUUUUAUCUUAAAUUUAAGAAAAUUCACCAAGUUAAUGUGAUUUGUUAAUUUACUAAAUUAAUUUAUAAAUUUAAAUACUUAAAAUUUAAAAUUUACAGUAUUAUCACCAUUAUAAUAAACUUCAAAAUAAAAAUGUCAGUCGUUAUAAAGUUUUAUAGUUUUUAGUCAUUUUAUACAUUUUAUACGUUGGGUAUUAUAUGUGUAACGUAUACAACUUUUUAUAUGCGUAUGUUACAAACCCUGGAUAAUAUACGGCUAACAGUAGCGUAUUUCAGUGAGUAGAUUAGAGUGAGUAUAUUAUACUACCUUAAAAGGUCUAUAUUGGCCUUUUUUUUUUUUUUUUAGUAUAAUAUCUAUUAUUUAUACGAUUUAAAAUUCAAAUUUCUUUGCAUUUUAAUCAGAAAAAUCAAAAAUGUGUUCAUAUUUAUCAAAUAUACUUCAUAUAAUACAUUUUCUUGCUUAAAACGAAACCACUAUGAAACGAAGACGUUAAAUGACUAUCUACAUAGUACGUGAACUAUAAUACAAUUUACUAAUACCUAGUUAUUUGAUUUCAAUUUCAACGCAGGCUGAACGGGUUCGGAUAUGUGUGCAUUUUAAACAACUAUAAUAUAUAUAUAUAUAUGCAUUUACGCGCUAAAAAAUUAUCAAAUAUGUAUCAUUACGUAUGCAUUUUUAAUUGAAUAAAACACCAAAAUAUGCACAAAACAAUUUAUUUUACCUUAAGUAUUUAAUUUUUAUUAGUAUUUUUUUAGUAGUUACUUUUAUUUAUUACUUUUUUAGUAUUACUUAUUAAUUUGUAGUAAAAGCAUUACGGCGUGAUACGAUAGUUAUUAUUUUUAUUUUUUUUAAUAAUUUGUUCAAAUUGUAUGCUUUUUUGCUUUUUAGUUCGCUAUUAAUUUUUAUUGUUUUUAAAAAAGUUCGACGAUUUACUGAAAUAUACAUUUAUAUUCUUAAAAUCCUAAAAUAUGCACAGUAAAAAUAGUGGUAUUUUAUUCAGUAGAACAUGAAUUAAAUUUGUAUCCAGGUCAGCGUUGAAUUGGAUAAACAGAAAAAAAUACGCAAUUUCAUAAACAUCCGAUCCCUUAUAAUAAUCUUACACGAAUGUAUAAACUAAAGAUUAAUCUUUUUUUUUUUUUUUUGUGUUGUGACUGCAGACUGCGUGUUAUACAAAUAUGACACGAUUUCCAAAUUUAAUAUCUCCGUCCUCGGCGAAAUUCUAAACGCGCCACUGACACCUAUAUAAUGGUUUAAUGUAACAUUUAAAAUUUUAAACUACAACAAGUAGGUACCUACCAUUAUCGAUUGUGUUAUUAUAACAAAUAAUCAAAUCCGCAAGUUUCUUCAACCGCACCUAUACAAUAUAAUACAGUGAAACCUCGCUUAACGGACACCUCCAAAUAGUAGCGGACGUAUUUUUUCGGGAACGUUUUCCCUUUUUUCACUGUUUAUGUAUAGGAAAAACGCUAAAUACAGGACACUCUAUAAAUAACGGACACUUGUUAACAUUGGUAUUGAUCAUUUUUAUCGUAAAUUAAAAAUAAUUGUGGAAUACCUAAAUAAAAGUCUACACUAUUAAGUCAUUUUUUAUUACUAUCUGUGUACAAUAUUAUACUAUACAUCAUGGCGUAUAUCUUAUAUUAUCCGUCCAGUCGUUGGCAUAUUAUCGCAUCGAUGAAAUGUUGUAACUUUAAGAUGUAUUUAAUUAAUGUAAAAAUCUAUUUAUUAAUUAAUUAAAGAAAAAUACAAUUUCUCCCUCUAAAUAACAGACACCUCUGAAUAGCGGACAAAAUUUCAGCGACCGAGAGUGUCCGGUAUUUAAAUGUCUCGGGUUUCACUGUAUAUUAAUAAUGAAACGCCGUGACUAGGCACCUAUAAUACUAUAUAGGUAUACGGUAAGCGGUUAGGUAUUAUACGUGUGCGUUUGUAAAGUAUCUAUUUCGAGAGCGAACGUUUCGUUUGUAGAAAACUGUGCACGCCCAAUUGUCCAUCGUGACUUCCAAGAUUUUUGUUUUGUUUAUAAAUUCCGAACUGCUCUUUGUCCACGUUUAUGUACUGACGUUGUCAAACAGAUCACGUGCUUAGGGUAAAAUUGCACUGAGCUCUACACACACGACGAUAAUUCCCACAACUGAAUUCUCAUUGACAUAAUAUCCACGAUUGUUUUCUCCGCUUAUUACAAUCAAGACAGACUAUCAAAGUGAACAAGAUAUCGGUGCAUUUUAUCCUUUCUCUCUCUCUCUCUCUAAAUAUUCCAACGUAACUUGAUUUAAGCACUAUAAAUAUAAUAAUAUAUGGUAUCCGGCCGAAACAGCGCAGAUAAAAAUAGCGAAUUUUAGAAAAGGGCGACAAUAUAUUAUAGUAAUACCGUUAAGUUCAUUAUGUAUUUAGGUAUUAAUAAUUUGGGUAUUUAGUGAUAAUAACAAUUUUAUAAAAGAUCAUUUUUCCCAAUGAAAUACUUAUAGGGGGCUACAGCAAAUAUUUUUUUCACAAGUAUAACACAUACCCAUUACAGUAAUAAUAAAAAAAAAAAAAUAGAACGGACAUACUUCGCACGUGGUGCAGCCACUGUUGUAAGUGAGAAGUUGAUAAGGUAGGGUACAGACAGGAAUUUAAUGUACAUCUAUAAGCGACGGUGAACUAUUGCUAACGAAAAAACGAUUCUGGGCGGAGUUCAGUUGAUAGUGUUGCUUUGUCAUCAAUAUGUAUGUCAUAUUAUGGUAAAAUUAUUACAACAAUGUGAGUUUCCAUAACAAAAAUGAUUGUUUAAAAAAAGAUUUAAAUAAUAAAAACUUAAUAAUAACAAAAAAUUAACAAAAAACAGUGGUCAAUGAUAACCUUAUUUUUAAUCUUUCAAUAUUUUUGAACCUAAAGACCGAGGUUUUCCUCAUUAUCUCGAAUAUUUAUGAGAAUUUCAAAUAAUGACCUCUCUAAAGUACCACCCAAAGAACAUUUCCUUUCAGAAAAUAUGCUAUACUUGAUAAUCGGUGUAUGCUUUCUGGUAGAAAGUGUUCACAUAAAUAAAAAAAAUGAAUAAAUAAACAUUUUUGUAAAACCAAUACAUUUUUCGCUUAACUCGGAAUCUAAAACAAUUAAGUAUUUGGCGGACAAUUUACACCUUAUACCUUUUUAAAAAAGUUCUCAUUUUCAUUAGUAUUAUAAUUUGUAAUUUACAUACGAGUUUCGCUAAUUUCGCGUAGACCCAUGUCUAGGUAUUGUAUGUAAUACCUACGUCAUUUUAUAAAAUAACUAUAGUUAUUCCAUAAAUAGUUCCUAAAUAAUAGGCUCGUGAAUUCACGAAUUACGUGAUUUUACCAGUUAAUAUAUUAUGGAAUACCAGUUGGUUUUUCGCUAAUUUAUGUUAUUUAUAGCCAUCGUAUAUAACCAGGAGUAGAUAACAUAUAAUAAAUAAUAACAAUAAUAAAUACAGACUCAACCUACCUGUAAGAUAAGAUAAUAUUGAACCCGCAACAUACCACAUAGGCUAGACGUCUUGUGAUAGUGUCCAGGAACUAAAUGUGUUAUAAUAAAACAACUUUAGGUGAUUUAGUAUAUUACGUGCAGAAAGGUUCGUUACGUUCAGUGGCAACCCAGGCGGAGAUAAGUACCUAUUUGUCUUUGAAAGGCAUCCGAAUCCCAGUCACAAUGUACCGGUCAACGGUUUUUCAAAUGCACAUGCCAACAAAAGUGCACCACAACACGGUGCAUAUGUUUAAAACAAACCGUACUUUGAACUCUAAAUGCCACCCAAAAAGUUUGUGUACUUAUAUAUGAAAAUUAUAUAACAACGUAAAACGUACGCAUUUAAUUUUGAUUUAAUAUUAAACAUUUUUUUUUUUAAAAAAAAAUCUGUUAUUUGUUUAUUAUUUUAAUAGUUUAAUGAUUCUAACAAAUUGAAGUUCCACAAAUCAGAAUGAACUUUUUCAAAGUGAAUAUUUAUAUUUUAUGUAUGAAUGUAAUAGAUAAUUUCGAAUACAAUAAUUAAAUCGUUAUUUUAAUUUAUAAAAUAUCUAUUUAGUAUGUAGAAUAACUAUAAUACAUAUAGUUGAAGUAUGUAUUUUUGUAUUCAUUCAACGCAUUAACGCUAACACAUACAUGUAUUAUAACACGUACUUACCUAUACACACAACGCAGUAUUACGCAUUAUCAUCAGGAUUAUCAGAAUGGGGAACUGUUAAAUUCAGGAACGAUACACAAGGUGUCCCACGAAGAUAAAACCAUUGUAAUAUCUCCGGAGAUAAUAAAGAUAAUCAAAUUUUGUCGUUGUUUUUUUUUUUUUUUUUAUUACUCGUUGGAAUAAGGUCCACAAAUAUUUAUGUUGAAAUUAAUUUUUAUGCUUUGAUAAAAAACUUAGAAAUAAUAACUUAUUGUUGAAAAAAUUAAAGAUACCUAGCCAUCUUGUAGAGUUUAUUCUUCUGAAAAUGUUGACGUAUCAAUUUUUAUUUUCAUUAAAUUAAUGAUUUUUAAUAAUUUUUUGAAGUUCAGAGAAAAGAACAAUAACAAGAAUAAAUUCUAUAAAAUGGCCAUCUCUUCAAAUUUUUCAAAAAUAAAGUCUUUUUUAAAGUUUUUUACCAAAACAUAGAAAACUAAUCGCAGUAUAAAUAUUUACAGUUUCAGUGAGCAAUAUAUAAAUAAAAAAAAAAUCAGAAUUUAAUUAUCUUUAUUAUCUCCGGAGAUAUUACAAUGGGUAUAUCUUCGUGGGACACUCUGUAUUACCAUACGGUUUUUUCAAUAAUAUAUCACUUUUACGAACGAUUGAAAUUGAGAAAAUAUUUCACAGAAACGAUAAAAAUUAGGAAAUUCAUAUGAGCUUCGCAUCAUUCGUUUCAUGUUUUAUGAGAAAAUCUAAUCGUUCCCAACUUUAUAGAUAACUGAUAGGAUCUAAAGAGCCUGGAUAAUUAAUUUCCUAGGCUCUCCCGUAGGAUCUACGAUCCGUGUUUUUAUCAAUGGUUUUCGAAGAAAAAAAUUAGUAAGUAGGUAUUAUUACAGUUUUAUUACCUACAUAAAUCUACUUUAACUUUAGUAUAACAAAGAAUAAUUAUUGUCAUUUGUUUUAUUUACAAUAUGAGAAAAUAAUUAGCAUUUUAUCGUUUCUUUAUAAUUAUCUAUUUCUAAUCAGUUUCUUAAUCAUUUUGUUCCUCUUAUUUUUACGUGCUUCUCACAUUAUUAGCAUUACACAUACUACAUAACUAAAUGCAAAUAUUACAUUAUGCUGUUUUAUCGUCUAUUUUCACUUUUCCGCAAAUAAAUUGUCCCUAUGUCCCGUACACAUUUUCGCUUUGCCUUACUAUGUGGACAUGUGUAAUUUUCUAAAAGUUUUAAACGAAAACAAUCGUAAUUAAAUAUUUAUUCGCAACUAAAAGACUUGAUUGUGAUCAAUGUAACCGCAUUACGUGUUUGACGGAUGCACAUCUCGGUGUUGAAUUACUCAUCUGCUAAAUGUGAUUAUUAACUGUAAGUUACGAUUAGUCCAACAUAAAGGUGUCCGAUUUCCCAAAAUCGUUUGUCAAUCACAAUUAUUUCUAUCAAACGCCAUCGAUCGUCCACCAUAAGAUAUUAAGUGUGCCCUUUUUAUAUUAUAAUAAGUACAACACCUAAUUAAUAAUAUCAUGUGUAUCGUAUUGUAUCAUUAUUUCUUUUAUUAUUAUUAUUAUUAUUAUUUUUUUUUUUUUUAAAUCACGAAGUCAUAUAUUUUUCGCGAAAUAUGCUGACCAGACGUAAUAAUACUUAUUAUAUACCUACCUUGGUAGAUACUGGUAAAUCGAUUACUUUUUUUGCCUCGGUUGAAUACAUAACAUCCAUUGCAUAUAUUAUUAUCUAUCGAGAAAAUUGUCAUUAUAUGUACCUAACUUACGUAUAUAUAUAUAUAUACUUUUUUUUUUUUUAAAUGUACAAAAAACAAAUUUUAAUCUGCUUACUUCGCACAAAAACAUUUCAAUAACAAUUUUUUCUUAUCUGUUCUACGACAAUAUUUAUAUUAUAAUAUGUUUAUAUAGUUAAUAUUACUCUACAUUAUAUUAUAAUAUAGUGCUUUAAAACGUUAUAAUAUUUCCGGCGAUAAGAAAAUUUCCAUCGGUUAGAUGGAUAAUAUUAUCCAUCCAACCGAAACUUUACCGGUUUUGUUAUAUUUUUCAGAGUAAAUUUAUUUUUGAAAAAAAAUUAAUAAUAAUAAUUAUAAAAUAUUUUCUUUCUAAAUACGGGUAACAAUAUAAGUAGGUAUUAAUAGGACGCGUUACCCGCAUACUGUUUGGCUGCAUCCGAGUUCCGUCCCAAUAACCUUUUUUUAUACCAAUUCCGUCCCGGGUGAAAAAAAUGUAUAUACCAAUUCCGUCCCAAUUAUAAAUGUUCUUAUAAAUGUUAAAAUACUUAAAUGUUAAAUACAAAAAAUUCAACGUAGUCUAUACUUUCAUAAAUACAAAUCUGUUUCUAGAUUAAAUUUAUAUGAUAUAAAAAAAUAAUAAUUUAUACAGACAUUUUUCUUAUCAAUGUUAAAAUACAGAAAAAAUUCAAAUAAUAUUAAAAUAUUAAUGUAUACAAUUUAAUUUAGUGCGAUAACUGAAAGCAAUAUUAUCUUCAUUUCCAAAUAAUAUUUAAAAAUAUUUAUAAAUUGUUAUCGUAGUCGUAAAUUGUAUACUAUAUUAACAUAUUGUAGAAAAUUCAAAACGGGACGAAACUUGUGUGACUAAAUAAAUUACACGGGACAGAAUUAGUACAUCCAUUUUAAAAACCCGGGACGAAACUAGUAUAUCCUUAAAUUCGAAUUUUGCAUUUGAGACGGAACUCGGAUGCAGCCUACUGUUUCCGUCUUACGAACGUACAAAUGUAGCAGAUUUCGUUCGGCAGGGAUGACUUCGGGCUGUUAGUUUUCACAUUACGUUGAAUCGAUCUAUUAUCAAACUCCUUUGAGUAAGCGUAAGACAAUUAUUCGUCCUACAAGCAUUUAGUGUAUACAUAUCAGUAUCGGUAAUUUACGCGUAUAAAACGUAAAAAACUUUAUAAAGACUGACUUAAUAUUUUUUUUUUUUGAAAUUUAUUAUAACAGUGAUUAUAUUGUACAUUUUAAAUUUUAAUAAAUAUUUAAACUACUAAAUUAGUAUAACAAAUUAACAAAUCGCAUCAAUUUGGUGAAUUCGCUGAAAUCUAGAAUAAAAUAAAAACAAAACAAAUUAUUUAUUUUGGUAAUAUAAAUACCAAUGCAGUUAUUCGUACAGAAUAAAGAUGAACUUAGUAAUAAAUAUAACAAGAUUAUCACGUAUAUUUUAUGUAAUUAAUACAAGACAAUAAUGUUUGAAACGAUGAUUAAAUUCAAUUGACAAUUAUUUCACCUGAUAAUUUCUGUGUUCGGUUGUCGCCAAGAAAAAAAAAAAAAAAUUGCAUACACUAUAAAACGUAUACACAACUAAUAGUUUUAUACUGUACGUAUAAAAUACGUUUUUUUUUUUUUUUUUUUUUUUUUUUUUUUAUGCUUUACUGUGCCAUACGUCCCAACCAUGUCAAAUAAAUAAUAUAUAAUCUAAGAAACGUGAUAAAACAACAUCGUUUUAUUUCGUAUGUACCUGAAAAAAAUAAACAACUAAACGAAACGAUGUUUUGAAUUCGAAUACAAACUAUAACAUAAAAUAACCUAGGACUGUAUCGUAAUAUAGGUAUUAUUUAAUGUGUGCAAUCAAUACACCUAUAAUACUAAAUGAACCGUAAUAACAUGUUUUAUCUGCGGGUUUCAAAGAUUGCGGGUUGUAGUGAGUACAUGCACACAAUAUAAUGCGCCGCGUGAACCGUGCACAUUUUAUCGAUGUAAUAAUAUAAUAUAUGCAACAACCGAUAUAGUCAUGCGCGAAUCGCUAUACUCACAUAUUAAGAUACGGUAUAAUAAUUGAGUAUACGUUUUUUUCUUCUACAACUACUAGGAGGUAGUCGUGUAUAUUAUAAUAAUAACAUAAUCCGCGAAUAAUUAACGUUCAAAAUAAAAUUUUUACCGCGACGACGUUACGCGCGCAACUAAUAUCAUUGCGUCAUCUGUCGACGGGGAGGGGAAAAAAAAAACAGAAAUAAUAGCUUUUUUUUGCAAUCACAUUUUCGUAUAUUAAUCAUAAUAAUAUUAUAUUAUAAUGAUGGCGACAUUGUCUCUUUGACCCGAUACUUAAAAAUAAUUGUCGGGUUCAAAAUAUGAAUAUUAUAAUAUAUUACGUACUAUGUACGUAUUAUGUGAGACGAUUAUCAUUAUUAUAACAUGAAUAUUGAAAUCUAAUUGUAUUUUUUUUUUUUUCUAUAAAUCGUUUUAACUUCUGUAUAGAAAACUAGUUAUAAUUAUUGUUGAAACAGUCUGUACACGGGGAACUGGCCAAAACACAAUCUGCGGUAGACGAUAUUAUGACAGUAUAUUUCACUCGAAACGCACGAUAUAGACUGGUGCAGAUAGGUAGAAAUCCCAGAGACUCCCAGCCAUACGCGUAGGAUGCGUGGUGGCUAAAGGCGGGGAGGCUACAGCCUCCCCGAAAUCUCCAAUAGCCCCCUCAGCAUUCCUUACGGCUUUCCCUGAAAUGAGCACGUGGGUAAAAGGUUUCCUUUUUUUUUUUUUUUUUGCAAAAAUUUACAAAAUAUAAUUAUCUAACUGUACAUAAAACUAAUUUUACACAAUCGAUACAAAUAAAUGCGUAUUUAAAAGUAUUGUUUCGGGUUUGAAAAUUAGAUUUUGAACAGUAAGUUUAAAAAUUGGAGUUGCUAUUGGCCAAUUUAUGAAAUUCAUAUGAUAUGAUGAAAGUUUAGCAUUUAUUGAACAAUACAACUUAAAAUCUAUUAUUAUAUUAUAUUAUAGAUUUUAAGUACCUAUAACGAAAGAGCUAUUAGUGAUACAAUGAAUUGUUAUUUUUUUCUAGUUUUAAAAUGGUUUAAUUUUUGUCACGCAGUAUCAAUAAAUGUAUAUUUCUGGCUAAUAUUACUUUGUUUGAAAUAUUUGAAAAAAAAUUACAUUUCCGAAGAAUAGUUUUGGAUUUAUGGAUAUUGGAUUGGACCAAAUUGAUCCGGGUUAAAUGUCCAGAACUAAUAUAGACCGAUCACGGUAGUCGUUGUAAACACUAUUCAUAACGAUUUUACGGCCUUUGUGUUUUCUUUUUCUAUUCAAGAACAAACAUAACGAUAUUAUAACCUAUCGAUUUUGUAACACGUGCGACCUACCCACCUAAAUACAUAAUGUAAUGUAUCACCAAUGUUUAUUUCUUCGCUAUCUCAACGAAAUCGCAAACACAAACCCAACAAUAGGUAUUAUUAUUAUUAAUCCGGUGUAAUACAUAUUAAACACACCUACAAGCUAUAGACAUGGUAAUAUUAUAAAUAUAACACGUAUUACGUUUUUGAUAAAAAAUAAUAUUAUAAUUGAACCGAUUUUUUUAUAAUAUGAUUACAGCUAUUAGUCGUGAUUAUUAUGCGUAGCGUGCAUUUUUAGACAUUAUAAUAUUGUUCCGUUGUCUGGUUGGUUUCACUAGAUUUAUAUUGUUUAUGCUUUGUUUUGUUUUGUUUUGUUUUUUUUUUUUUAAUGAAAAACGUCAUCACGGAAACGUCCUCGAGAUAAUAUAGUAUAAUAACAGAGACGUAUGUAUUUAGGGGGAAUGGAGGGUGAACGUCCUGUACGGAAUUUUUUCGCGGACGGGAUUUUUAAACAUGACAUUUAUACCUAUAACGCAAACACCAUUAAAAUGUAUGCUUUCGCCUCUCAAUACAAUUGUGAUUCAUUGUAAUAUUAUUUUAAUUUUAUUAAUUCAUUAUUGUCAUACACUCGAACUGAAAAGUAAAAAAUGUUCAGUUUUAAAAUGGUAUCACGGCCUUAGAUAUGUAAUAUGAAUGUACACAUUAUACCGAUCAUACGCUAUAUACUAUAAUACUCAGUACUCACUGUAUGAGUGCGCACUGAUAUCAAUAUUACUAUACAGUAAUUAAACAGUUGUUACAAUAAUAUAUGCAAUUAAAUAGAACUUUCCUUUAAAAAAUGACCGACAUACUUCGCACUUUGAUAUUAUAAUGCGUAUGAAAAAGACAUUAAACUCAAUUUUUUUUUAUUUGACCAUAAAGUACGACUUCUAGUGAACUGUUCAACUUUCAAUAAUUUCUGUUUAGUCUAGCAAUUUUAUCUACAGAGUACUUACCAAAAAAAAUUACUUACAAAAUUAAAAUGUCUAUAAAUAGGUAGCAUAAAUAUUGCUCAAAUGUUUUUCCAGUUUUACCACUUCUAGAAAAGGCAAACAUACUAGAAAAUCAAAAAAUUACCUCCCUAAAGUAACAUGUAGAUGAAAUUUUCUUUAAUAAAUGGUGGUACACAUGAUAAAUCGGAGCAAGAUUUUUGAUAGAAAAGUUGCACAACAAAUUGAAGGAUAUUUUUCGAUUAAAAUGCUCUCUAGGUACAUCCAAAAUGCAUUUGUUUUUUCAUAACUCGGGUUCGAACUCACGAACCUUAACAUGAAAAUAGAUAACUAUAUCCAUUAGACUACGAAAAACAUGAAUACUUUAAAGAAGACAAUAUAUAAUUAUUUAACAUAACGUAUACUAUCCGCAUAUCAAAACUUCAAAAAGCUAUAAUUUCGAAACCAAGUCAGCCCACUCAAUUCUGGCUUCGCCAUCGUUCUUAAAUUGGCAAUAUACAUAUGUUCAAAACAAAAAACAAAUAAAUUUGAAAAAUUAGGUUUAUUCCACAUCAUUUUUUACUCAAACGAUUUUCGUCAAGAUUUAAUAUUAAAAUUUUUAUAUAAAAAAAAAAAUACUACAUUUGGCUAAUUUUUUUUUUUUAACAUAAAAUACAACUUUUAAUAAACCUCCUGUUAAAUUUUCAAGCAUUUCUGUCUAGUCUAAUAGUUUUACCACAGAGCACCAAGUAUAAAUUACGUACAAAACUCGCAAAACUAAAAUGACUAUAAACAGCUCAAAAUAGGCUAAAGCUUUUUCAAAAUGUUACCAUGUUUAGAAAGUCAAAUAUGAAUUUGCUGUCCAAAUUGCAAGUCUCUCCGGAUAUUUUUAACUGAAUUACAACAAAUAACAAAAUUUAAAAUGAUAAAAAGCAUUAUUUUCGUAAAUUUCCCGUUUAUCUCGGGUUUUCCCAGAUAUUACGAAAACCGCUUGGAAAAUCACAAGAUAACCUCUUUAAAGUACCAUCUAGACAAUUUUCGCCUUUCAUAAAAUGCGCUAUACCUAUGCAUGGGAGUAAGAUUUCUGGUAGAAUUUUUGUACACGGUAUAAAAAAAUAAAAAUUAAAUAUCUUCGUAAAACCAAUAUAUUCUUAGCUACAUUCAAAAUCUAAAACAUAAUAAUACGUUUACAUGUGUAACAAAAUGCAUAUCAAUUAAAUAAAAUUGACGAAGAAUAUUACGUCUUAACUCAACGAUAACAAAUGAUACACAGUUAAUUCGUUUUAAUUACCUACUUUUAUGCGCAUACAAUAUGUAUUCCUAUUAUUUAUAUAUGUUUUAACCUUCAUUGGUCCCGCAGACUGAGUACAAUAAAUUAAAUAAUCAAAUAUCACAUCUUAUGUAAUCCAUUAUUUAUCUUAUUUUAGUUUUUUUCUUUUAAAAUGUGUACAAAGUUUUGCAAUUAAAACACAUUAACUGUGUAUACGUUCGAACGUGUACUAUUCGUCAAAUAUUAUUUGAAUGUAUUUGUCUUUAUUGCUCGUUUAAAAAUGUUCGAAAACUAAGUCUAUAAAAACUUAAUAUACUACGGAAAUUUCGUGUAUUUACGAUUAUUUUUCGUCAAACUACAAAAAAAAAAAAAUAAAAUAAUAAUAACAAUGAUAAUUAAACCGUAAUUUCCAUCAUAAAACGUUCCCGUUUGUUCCCGUUUUUACUAGUUAUUAUGGAAAUUACAAAGAAACUCGAAAAGAAACCACCAUAUGCACAAACCAGACAAAAUUUUCUUUCGGGAAAUAUGUUACUUUUAAAAUGAAUGCAUGGAAUUAUAGACGGAUUUAUAAUUUGUAAUAGAUAAACUUCAUAUUAAGUGUUUAUUUAAAAUUAACUAUAAACAUUAUUAGGUAACCAUACUGUGUUUUAAUGCGACUAACAAAUAGAUAAUUGUGUCAAUUUCUAAAUUUAGAACGAACGGAUAAUGAUUUUUGAAAAAUUAAAUCAAUUUAAGGUUAAGAGGACGCUGGGGAGCUCGACAGCCGGGGAAGCAAAAUUCGCAUUCGUAAUUGUAUAAAUUCUCUUUUGGUAAUAAUAUUAUUAUUGUAGUCUAGAUUAUAAUUAUUUUUAACGUAUGUAGAGGGCGCUAUAUCGUUUGCAAAUGAAUUCAUAGUUUUUAAAUUACUGUAAUAUUUCGAAAAAUGAAUUUUAAAAAAGAAACGCAUCGUCGUUUUACCUACCCACCGGAAUAUUGUCCUCUUUUUGAUUUUGGAAUAGAAGCUUUUACCCUAAAACCAAAAUUAAACGAGUCACGCGCAGUCUGUGCACGGUAGAUUUUGCUACAUAUAGUUGGACUGGCACAGCACAUGCGAGUACAAGCGUGUCCUCUUAAUAUGUUAUUAAUGAUUGUAGUCUAGAGAACGGGAUUAUACGACAAUAAUACGUACGAUCGAAUCUCAUUUAUAAAAAAAAAAAAAAAAAAACGUCGCCGCGGAAAUGUAUUGAGAUAUACCUAACCUAACCUAUCUAAUUCCAGUAUCGGAUAUUUUCAAAUUGCACCGAUAUGUUGGAUUAUUCUACCGGUGUUACGAUAAGUUGCGUGUGCCUCCGCGGCGUAGCGCAGCGUCGUGCCGUGACGUCAUUCCCGAAAACCGCGGUCGUCGCGCAACGCAUACAAAUCGACGCCUGGCGAUGCAUCAUAAUAACAACAAUUAUACCGUGUGUUUUAUAAUCGCUCGGUUAACGAUUUUUCAUUAUUAUUAUUAUUACAAGUAUUAUUAUUGUUUCGACACCACGCUCGACAAUGUCCGGGCAGAUCCGACAAUAUUAUUUAAUGUGUCUCGGACCAUCCGUUCGUACGCGCGGAAUUAAUUCCUGUAAUGGGUUCGGGUGACGGCGUGUCGAUGACGUACGGUCAGGUUACACAAUCCGUCCAAGAAUAUUAUUCCGUGUGUAUCAAUAGUGCGAUUAAUGAUAACUAUAUGGCGGCGGCAUGUUCGGCAUGUGAUGUGCGCUCAGCAUUUUCAUGAGGCGAUACGGGAAACGGCGUUCCGAGAACAACUGGCUACGGGUACGAAAUCAUUAAACGCAAUUUCGGAUUGAAACAUUGGUACGAUACUCGGUACCUACCGACUUCUUCUACCGAGAAUACGUCCGUUUUCACAAAAUAUAAUGCAACACAAACGUCACAAUGAUGCAGAACACUAAGUAAAUAAACGAUGAAUUUAUAUCGAAAAUUGUUUCCGUGUAUCGAUAAAAAAAAGAUAACAGUUGAGUUGUUAUAAAACGAAGAAAAAAAAAAAAAAAACAAGGUCAAUAGGGAAAUACGUUAGGCACGAAACCCCACCUACCAUCCCACGUGAACGCGCUCCCGAUGUACAGUGGCGCCGGACACGGCGUUCCGGUCCGAUCAACACCGGGACAUUAUUUGUUCUUCUUUCGGGGCGGCGUUAGUUGAUUAAUUAUGAAUAUUAUCCGAUCGAUUUGCGUACAAUAUGGUCAGCGUUGUUUUACUUAUUCACUCGCGUUAGUUGUGUUCCGUUGUUGAAGCACGAAACGGUGUAACAUCGCCAAUUAUUCAUUCUUCGAACUUGGACGGACGCUUAGAGUUCCGGGAACGGAAUCGUCGAAAUUAGAGCUGCGUACUUAGUCUCAGCAAAAACACGUACCCGAUCGCAUAAAAAUCCGGUCGCUAGUUUUUAACAAGACGUGCGUUUCUUAUAUUGCGUUAGAAGAAAAACAGCUUUUUUUCAAUUAAACAUUUAAAUACGAACCUAGAUUCCGUUGACUUUUGGUUUUACUCUGGUUACGCGGCGGAUGGAGAUAUAUCUGGGCCUUCGCCAAUUUUUUUUUUUUUUCAAAUUUAUCGUAAGAGGAGAAGGGAGGGGCUCCCUACUAGAUAAAACACGCAUUAAUCAUAUAUUAUGUUACGAGUUUUGAUAGGCGCAUACAGAUAGAUAUUGUUGCACACAAUAAACGUGGACUAAGAAGGCCGACACAAAUGCGUCGCUGCGGGUCCUACUACGCCAAAAGCUGACAAAAAAACAAAACAACAAAUACAAAUUUUAAUAGGCUUUUUUUUAUUUCUUUAAUUUAUUCACAUUUAAUUAUGUUGGAACGAUAAUAUGUAUUUUAUCGUUAUUCUACAUGUAAUAUUAAAAAAAAAAAAACAACACGGCACUUAUACGUAAGGUAGAAAUUUAAAUAAUUUAUGGACGCUACAGUUUUUCCCAAAUGAUAUUGGUCACUAUAUUUGGUUUGUCCGGACAAAGCCGGUCCAACAUGACGGCUCGCCCAAUUAUCGUGGGCACUAUUCUAGAAUUUGUCCGAUUUUCGGCUUUUACCCGCAACAUAAUAUACUGACGUUUCAAAUUUUCAACUCGAUAAAUGGACGUAUUUGGUAUUUCGUAAUCGAACCGUUAAACCGUUUGAACGCCACUCUCGGAAUUAAUUCCGCAAUUCGCAAAUCGCAGACUGGGAACACCGCUAAUUUAAAUAAUGUCGACCAUAAUUGAUAAACAUUUACCUACGCACGACGUGACAACUUUCAGAGUACUCCAUAAUCCUAUAGGAACUCGCAGGUGGAAAUUUUAACAAUGUUUGUCUGAACGAACUACAAUAAUUUAUAAUUUCUGUAUAGGUAAUAUUGUAGGUAGGUACACAAUAUAAUCUAACUGCUAUGUUAUAAUCUGUGACGUUCACUCGGAUUAUUUGUUAUAGUCAGUGGCGAGGGCUUACCAUAUUUUCAUAUUUUUCAGAAGCUGAUAACUACAAUAUUGCGAUUUGCUGAUAACAUUUUUUCCCGAUAUCUGAUAUUCCGUUCUAAAACCCGGUACCCGGUAUUUGAAAUCGUAAACCAUGAGUUGAUAAUGAAAUUCACCGAUUAUCGGUCGAAAACCCGAUUUUUUAAAACAUUUUUUUCCUUAUAUUGCAAAGACAAUAACAGAUUAUUAAGAUUUUUGAAUGAAAAAAACCACGAUACCCACCGAUAUCGAGUAUCGGUUUAUGUAUCAGCCUAUCUCUAUAGCACAGUUGUUUCUGGAUUUCGGUAUGAGGCGAUAGGUUGUUAGCUACUUACUCACCUGUUGGUAUACUUAUGUACAUUGGAGAAUGGCAUACUUUAAUAUGCAGCUGUGUGAUCAAUCCUCGUUAAAACACCAGUCAAUAUCUCGGAUAGUAGUAACUAAUUCAGGAAUUUUUUUAGAAAAUUUAAGCAGCUCUGAUAAUAUUUAUGUUUCCAUUAUUUUUUUGUCGCCUUAAUAUUAGAAGGUAAAACCGCUACCGCUACUAACACUGAGGUUAACCGUUAUAGAACACUAUAAUUAGGUACAGCACGAUUAGAUAAAAAAAAAAAAAAACCGUCUAUCGCAAAAACGACGAGUAGGUUAAGCUCCCGUUCAGGAAUUCUUCAAGUGGGUAAAUAACCGACACGCAAACGAAUUAUCGUGGAUCAUAAAAUAUGAUUAUUUAUUACUAUAAAAUGCCUAUGUAAUUAAAUAAUCCAAUUAGCCCUCAGAAAACAACAGAACUAUAAAAUGUAAAAUAUUAUGCCUGAGGUGUACGUGCGGCCCAUAACAUAUUAUUGUACUACCGAUAAUUUUUAUAUUACGGUCAUUUUAGAUUUAAGUGAUUUACGGUGAAUGCGACUCUAACAAUAUUAGGGCAAAGGACUGCAGAUAUCAUGAUAUCAGAUUUAAUGUAUACCUGUAAGCAACAAUAAACCAUUGCCAGUGAAAAAUGAUUCUGAACGGAGUUCGGUUAAUAGUGUUGCUUUGUCAACAAUACAUAUAUGUCUUACUAUGGUAAAAUAAUUAAACAGCCAUUAUAUAUUUCCUUUAAUAAUAUUUGUUUAAUAUUGUACCUAUUUUCCCGUUUUUCCUAUGUUUUCCCGUUUAUUAUGAAAACAGCUGGGAAAAUCAAAAAAUUACCUGCCUAACAUACUACCCCAGUCUGAUUUCCUUGCAGAAAAAGUGCCAACGUUGUGAAUCGGAGCAAAAUUGCUGGUAGAAAAGUUGUCCAGAGAAAAAUAAAGUAAAACAUCAUCGUAAAACCAUGCAAUACAUUCCUCGCUCCGCCUGGAAUUUAAAAAACAGCGCAGUGUAUGAAGUAAAUACGUUUUAUGCUAAGACAAAACUAGAUUUGUAAUUAUAUUUUACAAAUUCACAUUUUGGGUUUUCUUUUUUUUUUAGGUUUUAGGCAUUAUUCAUUAAUCUUAUACUUUUUGAUAAUAUUUGAAUUGACUAAUAAUUUUAAGGAUAUUUUCUCCGUCGACGUUUUAGUUUCAUUUAAUAAUACGACUGCCACAAACUGUCGGAUUUAAACAGAGUUUUAAUUUUGAUCGUACAAUAUUGUAUAUACACGUAGUUGUUUACUGUUUGCACGUUUUUCCCCGCCGAUCGAAUUAAUUUUCAAAUUCUCCGUUUACCAAUUUUUGUUUUCGAUACGGGCACUUCGACAUUUCUUCACAUUUCAGUGUUCGGUGUGUUUCUAUAAACGAUCGAAGACGCGGUCCGUUUGCGAUUCAUUUUAUUUUUAUGCGCAAAAUACCCGAAACAUUAAUCAUCAGUAAAUUCACAAUCAUUGUUAUAAUUUGCGCGUGUACAAAGGGAGGUUUUAGGGGUUCACCCCUCACCCAAAUUGCAUGAAAAUUAUGAUGAAAGUAGAUUUUAAUCGAAUCGAAUCCCCAAAGUGGUGUCUGUCAAUAAUGAAGACAAAUACAAUGUUGGUUUUGUUUUUAAUUUAUUCCUAGAUAAUAAUUAUGUAUUUUAGAUUCUGAGUGUAGCGAAAAAUGUAUUGGUUUUACAAAGAUGUUCACUUAUUUUUUCUUUUUUUUUAUAAGAAUACUUUUUCUACCAGAAAGCUUACUCCGAUAUAUACGAUGUAGAACCUUUUCUGCGAGGAAAUUGUCUUGGGGUGUUACUUUAGGGAGCUCAUUUUUUGAUUUUCCCAGCAGUUUUCCCAAUAAAAGGAUAAAAAUGAAAAAAAAACGGCAAAAUGUACGAAUUAUAUUAGUAAAAUAUUAUAAUUUUACCUGUCUUAAAAAUUCUAUAAAAGGUGGAACAUUAGUUUAAAUAAAUUUUGGUGUUGAAAUUUUUGAUUUCCAUCAAUCCAUUAACGAGAUAUUCCACUUUUUAGUUUUGGCUGGAAGCAGAGUAGUGGAGUAACAUUUGUGUAGCGGUACGGCGCGCCGCGGCGUAUUAAUAAUACACCGCUACUCUCCUCCAACCUAAACUUAAAAGUAGAAUAUCUCGUCAACGGCUUGAUAUAAAUCAAAAAUAUAAAAAUUUAAAUUUAUUUUAACUAAUACUCCAUCUAUUUAUACAAUUUUCAAUAUAGGUUGUCGUUAGAAAAUCAAAAGUAAGUAGGUGAUGGUUUUAUCCCCAAAAAUAAGAGCGAGAAUAAAUAACAGAAAUAUAAAAUCGUAGAGCUACUUGUUUCUUAAAUGUUCUGGAAAAUAAAUUCCGAAAAAGUUAAUACUUUCCGAGAUAAUGAGUGUACCUACUUAAAUAGAUCACCUGGUAUUGGUUUUACAAUUAUGUGUAUUUUUUUUUCCGGGGACAACUUUUCUGCCAGAAAUGUUGCGCCGAUUUAAUUCUGGGGGUGCUUAAGCCCCCCCCCCCAGAAUGUAAACGUCGAAAUAAAAAAUUAUGUGUUUCAAUAUUUGAUAUUUAUAAUUUUUAUUUUAUUUUGAUGAGAUCCGAGAAUGGUAUGGAAUAUUCACGGCUUAUCGUUAUUGGGAAAAUCAUAUUUUGUAGGUAUAUAUUGAUAAUCGCGAAUAUUCCAGAACUUGUUUGCGAUACCUGUAAAGUUAUAAAUACGCAAGAUGCUGACCGCCACAUUAUUAUAUCCACCGGUUUAUUUAUUCAUCUUACAUAAAGUAUUAAUUAAUAUUAAUAUUGUUUCUAACAAAUUUCAAGAAAAAAAUGCGUAGAAUAAAAACUUGGCUUCGAACUUCUAUGCUGCAGGAAAGGUUCAACAACACCUCAAUAUUAUAUAUUGAAAAAGAAAUUUCUAAAUCUAUUAAUACUGAAACAAUUGUUAAUAUAUUUGCACAAAAAAAUAGAUAAAAAUAAAAAUAAAAAUAAUUUAGUAGCUAUUCAAUAUUUUAUUUUUUUAUGUUCCUAUUACCUAUAUAUAUAUAUAUAAAUAUUUGGUGCCUCAGCUAGAAUCAAGUAGGAGUAGCUACUACAGUUAGAAGGCGGAAGCGUCGGGAACGACUAAAAAUAUUUGUUUCCGCUAAUGAAUAAGACAAAAAUGUUAAGCCCCCCCCCCAGAUGAAACCAAAUAUCCGCCAAUAGUAGAUUAUGUUGCAUUGCCCGUUAAUUGAACUGAGACAGAAAGUAACAAGUUAGCAUUCAUCAUUUCGUCGCCGAUAUCUUCCGACUCAGAAUUGUUUUCCUGAGGGUAUCGUGACAUAUGUACGAUGAUUUUUAAUGAAAAAAAAAAAAAAAAAACAAAUACAAUUUGAUAACAUUUGUAUAACUUUCCGUUACUAUAGGAAAUCCGUUUCUAACAUCAAUUCAUGAAGGUUACCUUAUCUAUUGAACAAUUAGUUUUAAAAUAAGCCAAUUUAAAAAGCAACUUGUAACUUGUACAUUUUGACGAAUAACUAGUAACUUAACGAGUCACUUUUUUUUGAUUAGGGACUUGUAACUUCACUAAGUUACUUAAUUAAGGAAUGUAACUGUAACUUACUCGGUUACUAAAGUUGAGUAACUAACCCGGCUUUAAUUUAAAUUUAUAGGUAAGUAAGUAGUCUUUAAUUGUGUAAAAUAAUGUAACACCGACGGAAUAUUAUGUUCUCAGUUGUGCGGCAAUGCAUUAAGUUUAAGACUCAAUAUUACCUACCCGUCUUUUUCGGGUUUUCAUUUCGAAAAACUAUUGUUAAAUGAUAACACACGCUUACUCAUUCAGUUACUACCCAUCAACAGUAGAUCCGAAAUGCGACGGAAAAAAAUGUUCUCCCGUCAUAUUUUUGCCACCGGUGCAAGAUUUCUAUUAGAAAAGUUGGGUAUUUUUAAAUAAAUAAUAAUUUUGAAUAAAAUAAUAGUUUCGGCUAAACUCUAGCUUUCAACAGCGUAGGCGACGGAAAUGACUGCGGUCGACAACAGACAGUCGAGAUAACGGAAACGAGAUAACGGAAAAGUACCAAAAGUCGUUUACGCACAGUAAAACCAAUACGGUAUCCCUCGCUUCGUGCGGAAUCACACAUUUGUGAUUCGGCAAAUCGUUACGUCUAUCUCUCCCCCCCCUCCCCGGUCCUACCGUGAAUUGUCGUUCGGGACGGCCCUGGAAAACAAUGGGCUCCGUACGUCCCCGCGCAUCGCCCGGUCGACCGGCCUUUAUCGUUUGCUCCGGACCGGAAUGUCCGGACGACGAAACGGCAGCCCGCGUACGAACCACGGUUGCGAUAACCCGUUAUCAAAUUAUCGAUAUUAUUUCCUGAUAACACGGUACGAGAUAAAGAAUCUCGCGGUUAUCGCGCGCGCCGUGUUGCGGUUGUUGUUGUUGUUGUUGUUGUUGUUGUUGUGCCAUCAGUCGUACGGGAAUAUUAUUGUUAAUAACGCGAUGAAAAAAAACGACCGCGGGUGCCGCGUGCGUUCGCUAUUGUACGGUACGGGCGGCACUUGCGACGUCGCCCAACCGUGCCCGCGGCCGUACCGGCAAAUGUCGCGCGUCGUCGUCGUCGUACGCUAUUGUUGUUAGUUAACAGCAAUAAUACGCACCGCGGCCGUAACAACAACAACAAUAAUAAUACUGCAAUGUGCGUGUUACAGCGCAUUAAUAUUAGUGCGUUAUUCCGUCUACGUCACGUCACGCGCCGGCCGCGGCCUUCUACUCCUACUCGCGCCCGUCGCCGCCGUGCGGCGGUGCGCGAUUUAAUGACGCGAACGACGCGUUUCGCCAGUCUCCGUCCGCCGGCGAUGUGGAUAUUCGCGGUCGCGGCACCGCCACCAUUGUUGUUGCGGCGCGGUAACAGCGACGUCCAUCAGUCGUGGGCCGAACCGUUCGUCCGGUCCGCCGUCGCGGGUGACAGCCGCCGUACGACGCGACGCGAUAUUGUCGCGCACGCCGAUUCCGCCGACGCCUAGCGAACCCAGGUAAGCCGACGACGCGCGCCGAACGCUACGCCUCGUGUACGCCGCGGAGGGGUCGACGGAAAUUUGUAGGCGUCGGGCCGUUCGGUUUUUUUUUUUUUUUGCCGCGGUCCCGUUCGCCCGCGCGGGGGGGGCGGAGGGGAAGGGGGGUGGGCGACUGUAAUCCGUGCGAAAACGUUGUCCGGAAACGAAUUACUCGCGCCCGACGAGUACCGCCUAGGACGGUGUUGCACGCGUUUCCCGCCUCCGACGUACCCCCGCGAACUUUCGUUCGCGUCCUUGGCUCCCCCGGUUGUCGUGCGAAACGAAUAACACUCGAAUAGGGUACCGCCGAUGUCAAAUACACCAAAGUCGGGACCCGUGUACAGUAUAAUUAUACCCGCCUACGCGUAACUACCUAUAUUGUAUUUGUUUGUUUGUUUGUUUUUUGUUUUUUUUUUUUUUAUAAUCCUAACUACCGUGUUACGUUUAGGUACACCAAUGCAUACGUCUUAUAAUCGACAAUAAUACUGUAACGCAAAUCGACCCGCUGAUUUUUUUAAAAUUCUAAUCAAAAGCGUUUGGUGCCUUUAACGUGUGCACGCCAUAGAAAUAUUAAAAGACAAUUGUAUACUGUUUAAUAAUGUGUCUAUGAUGUACACACGCAAAAUUGCAAACCCAACCUAACCCACCCAUAUCGCAACAUUUAAUAGAAUUCUCUAGUAUUUUACUUUAAUAUAAUAAUGCGGUGUAUUUGUUUAAUUAAUUAACUACGCGGUGUAACGAUAAAAUUUAUUUGUUUCAGAAUUGCAUUCAAAAUGAUUUCAAGGGAUACAAUAAUGGUUUACGUGGUUUCCGCAAUUGUUUUCCUGUCAAUUGUGGUGUAUUUAUAUUAUAGAAAUAUAUACAGUUUUUGGAGAAAAAUGGGUGUGUUCAACAUUGAACCAGAAUUUUUUUUCGGCAAUGCGAAAGACCGCGUUCUCUUCAGAAAAUCAUUCCACGAGUUCCACAGAGAUAUUUACUUCAAAUUUAAAGGACAUCGGUAUGCUGGUUAGUAUAGUUAAUAUCACAUAGCUGUUAUACGUAUUACUCUAUUGAUAUUAAUUAGCAGUCAUGAACAUUUAAAUUGAUUUUCAAUUGUUAUAAAAAAAAAAAUUGCAUUUAUUUUAAUUUUAAAAUAAUUACGCAAUGAAUAAAUUCUCUCAUUUUUUUUUUUAUUAUUUUUUUUUUUUUAUGAUUUUCAGGAUUUUAUGUUGGUCGGCGAGCGUCUUUGGUUAUUCUCGAUCCAGAAAUUAUAAAAUGUAUUAUGAUAAAAGAUUUCAAUCAUUUUACAGACCGUCAGACAAUGAGAUUAAGAACUUCUAAAUACAUUACAGAAAUGUUAAUAAAUCUGAAAGGUUCUAAAUGGAAAAAAAUGAGAAGCCAAUUAACUCCAUCGUUUACUUCGGGAAAGCUUAGAACUAUGGAACAUUUAAUAGAUAUUUGUUGUAAUAAUAUGAGUGAUUUUUUAAAUGAUAAUAUCAAAAGUGGUAAUUGUAAAGUUUUUUUUUUACACUUUAUUAAUAAUUUUAUUACUUUUACCAUGUUUAUUUUGUUUUCAGAGAAUGGUUUUAAACCAUACGAAUUGGAAAUGAAAGAUUUUUUUGGUAAAUUCACCUUGGAUGUUAUUGCAACAUGUGCGUUCGGAGUAGAAUCAAAUUCCUUAACCGAUGUAACUGGUGGUUUUGCCAGUAGAGUGUCUAAAUUUGCUACUUUAAGCAUUACAAAACGUCUGUCACUCUAUAUAAUAAUACUAUUUUUACCCGGUUUGGCACGAUUUGUUCCACUCUCUUUUUUCAAUAUGAAAGUGAUAUAUUUCUUAGCCAAUGUAAUUAAAGAAGCCAAAAGUUAUAGAAUGUCCACUGGUCAAAAGUAUGUACAUUUUUAGUUUUCAGACCUAAAUUUAUUCAAUUAUUUUUUUUUAGUUGUAAUUGAAAUAUUAUUACAGUAUAUGUUAAAUAUUUUAAAAAUUGUUUUUUUUUUUUCAAGGCGCAAUGAUUUCUUACAAUUAUUGUUGGAUAGUGAAAGUAACCCAGAUAACAAAAAUGAAAACAAACAAAAUGAAGGUAUCUGUUUUAAAAUAACUUAAAUACUUAUAUAAAAUAAAAAUAAAAAUAAUAUUCAUGGUAAGAAUGUCCUAAUUUAACCCAUUAACGCCACAUAUGCCAACAUCAAUAAAACUUUUUCUGGACAUUCUAUAUUAAAUAUGAAUUUCUUGUAAUGUAAUUAUACUAUUAUUUCAUUAAAAAAAACUUGGCCUCAAUGGGUUAAAAAAAAUUACUUUCCCAUUUGCUACCAACAGGAGUAUUGUUGAACUUUGAGGCACUAUAAUAUUAUUAUUAUUAAUAUUUCCUGGCCCUGAACCAUACUUUUAUACUUUAGUAUAAAGAUUGUAUACUUAGAUAAUAAUUCACUGUGUGGCCCUGGAUUUAUAUCCUAUUUGUCUUCCUCUUACACAGGCACUGACUACAAUAGUGCUCACUGUCCAAAGUGAAUGCAAUUUAAAUUUGGGCAUACUUAACCUGAAUAGAGUAUAUUGGUGUAUGUAACUAAUACUAGAGUACCAGAUAUACUGAAUAACAUUUAUUUAAUCUAUUUCACUUUAGGUGUGUUUUCAUUAUUAUUAUGAUACAGUAGAGACAUCACAGAAACAGGCUGUCAUAGUAGAUUUUGUAGGCUAUCUUUUUAAUAGGUAGUAUAACAAAAGUGUAUUUUACCUUUUUAGGAGUUCUUAAAUUUCUCUGGCUUUGAUGUAGUUAAAACAAAAGGAACAAAUCUAGUUUACAGUCUAAGCUCAUUUUUAACAUUUUUUUUUUUUUUUUAAAUUUGUGUUUUGCGUGUACAUUAAGAAUAUAAAAAAAAAGUUGCAAGUUAUAUGGGAAAACUUCAAAAAGUUCGAAUUUUCUAUAACUUUGUUAUCAAUUUUUGACCACAUUUUGGAGUAAUUCCAAAAAUGCUAUUUUUCAAGGCUUAUGUACAAAAACUAUAAAAUUAAGUAUGUUAGUUAAUUUUUGAUUAUAUCAAUAGAUAAUGCAUUUAAAAACACAUUUUGGAAAAAAAAAGUUGAAAAUAUUAAAUUCUACUAAGAAAUAUAUGAAAUGGAAAACCUGAACAUUAUGAAGUUUUCCCCUAUAACUUCUAAACAAAGUUCAUUCUUUUUUUUAAAAAAAUCUUAAUGUGCAUGAAAAAACAAACAUUUUGAAAUAUUAUUUUAUUGUAUUUUAGAAUAGAACAUUUACUAUUUACAUUUCCACAAAGGAAUUUUUCAUAUUUUCAUUACAAUUUUUAUAUUUUUUUUAAUAUUCAAGUAUGAUCUAAUAGCCUAGAAAUAAGUUAUCAAUUAAUAUUAUAAAUGUUAUCAUUUUUAAUUUGGUUAAAUCAUUUCAAAUCUACUAGAACCAAAGUUAUGUUGGAAUCCUAAAAAUUAUGUUUUUGUAAUUUUGAUAUUACUGGAGUUUCAUUGAUUGUGUAAACUUAAUUAUAGUUCCAAAAUAAACAUGAGAAGUUAAACUGUAGAAUAGAUUCUUUUAUUUUUAUUUUUCUAAAUCAAUUUUAUUUGUCUUUAUAAAUAUAUGGAAAAUUUUUAUAAAAUCUACAGAUUAAGAAUUUAAAAAAUUAGUUUUGUAUAUAGACAUUUAAUAAAACUUGUUAUCUUUAUUUUAUCAGUAUAAUCAAAUUUGUAUGAUAAAUUCAACUUGUAAGUCAUCAAUUGGAUGUAAAAAAAAAAAUAUAUAUAUAAUGAUAUAAUACUACAUGAAAAAAUCUAAUUUGAAUUCUAGAAUUGUAUAAGUAUAUAAGUGUUAUUUUAUUCAAAAUUUAAAAUACAUGCAUUAGAAGAAAUAUUUUUAUUGAUACUAUUAAUAGCUUAUUAUUAAAUUAUUUUUGUUAAAUAUCUAAGAAAUUGAAAAUUAAGAUUAACAACCAAAUAUUUUUAUUUUAAUCAUCAAUAAUUUAAUAUACUUUGAGAAGGCCCUUCAAGUUGAUCAUGGUCUUUUAAUAGACACUCGUGAUAGCCUUGGUAUUCGUGACCCUCUUCUCUCCUGGCUAAAACCCUAUUUAACACAAAGAAGACAAUUCGUCUUCAUCAAUGGUGUGAUCUAUGAUCUGACUAUCAUAUCAUCCAGUAUUCCCCAGGGUGGUCAUCUUAGUCCCCUUCUAAUCAUUUUCUUUAUGAACUUUCUAAAUGAUUGCUUAUCUUUUGUUGUCCUCUUACAAUCUGAUUUUGACACCUUGGAUUAGGUGCCCACCAUUAUACCUCUUAUAGAUUCAGCCAUCCACUACACAGAAUGUUACGUAGUCUUAAUUCAGCUUAGUCUUUUUCGUCAAUCAAUGUUUAGCAUAUAAUAUUAUGUAAUUUUAUACUGAUUUUGUUUUUGUUAAUGUUAUGUACUGUAUUUAAAUUAAUGCCUGGUAUAGGGUAAAUAAAUAAAUAAUAAUCAUAUUAUAUAAUAAUAAUAAUAAUAAUAGGCUGACACUUCCUUGAAUUCAAAAGUUAGGAAAGGACAUUUUUUUAAGUGCUUCAAAUUUUAAAUGAUUAAUUUAAUUUUUCUAUGCAAUUUUAUACAAUUUGAUAAUAUUAGUAUCAUAUAAAUUUAAGCUGAGUGUCUGAUAAAUUAUAUUAUUUAUCAUUAGUAAAAUUAAAUUAGCAAGGAGAAAUUUGAAUUUUAACAAACUUUAAAAAUCGCUUAAAAAUUAAUGGUAAAACUUAAUGAUUUUAAACACCAACAAUUGUUUUAAAAAAAAAAUUUUAAUAUCAUAGUUUAGCUGUAAUAUAAAAAAAUAUAUUAUACAAAUUAUAAUGUAAAGCUUUAGUAAUUAUUACAAAAAAAAAAAGCCUUAAAAAUAUUCAAUAGAAAAUGAGUGAUUACAUUUAUUAAAUAGUACUGUCACAUUGUACUUUAAACCAUAUUUAUAAUAUUCAUUUAAUUUUUAAAAAAAAAUUUAGUCAAUGUUAAUUUAGCAUUACUCUUUUUCAGCUACAGAUUUUAAUUGUGUCUAUUAAAAUUUUAAAAAUUGAUUUAUUUCAGAUUCAUUAACUGAACCACAGAUAGUUGCACAAUCAGUGUUGUUUUUGAUUGCUGGAUUUGAAACAUCUAGUACUUUAUUAACAUUCACUUGUUAUGAGUUAGCAAUUAAUCAGGAAAUACAAAUUAAGUUGAGGGAAGAAAUCUGUUCUAUAUUAGACCGAUACAAUGGUAAAUGUACAUAUGAAGCUAUGCAAGAAAUGACUUUUUUAGAUAUGGUAUUGGGAGGUAUGUAUCUAACUUAAAUUAUAAAACUAAAACUAAUGUAUUUAUCAAUUCAUAUUUCAGAAACCUUAAGAAUGCACCCUCCAGUAGCACAGUUAGAACGUGUGUGUACUCAAGAUUAUAUGAUACCUGAUUCCAACUUGAUAUUGCAAAAAGGCACUGCUGUUCAAAUACCAGUCAUUGGACUACAUUAUGAUCCAGAAUAUUAUCCUGAUCCAUAUAAAUUUGAUCCAAAUCGGUUUUCUGCUGAAGAAAAAGCUAGCAGGCACCAUUAUGUUUAUUUACCAUUUGGAACAGGACCAAGAAAUUGCAUUGGUAUGUAUAUAUAUUAUAUAGUAUAUACCUAUAAUUAUUAUAUACAGUCUUGAAAAAAUAUUUGAUGAACAUAAUAAUUUGUCUACACUAUGCAUUAAUAUAAUUUUGAAUUUGUGUUUUAAUAGGUUUGAGGUUUGCUUUGAUGAGUACGAAAAGAGGUAUGGUGCAUUUAUUGAAAAACUUCUCAAUUGAACUGAGCAACCGAACAACAGUGCCUUAUAUAUAUAGUAAGCAUUCCAUGUUUUUAAAAGCACAAAAUGGUAUUUGGCUGUCAUUUAAUAAACUGAAUACAUCUUAAACAGCCUGAACUUUCUUUUUACAAAUUAUAAUUUUAUCAAUUUAUCUAUUUUAAAUAUUUAUGAAAUUCAUUUAUAAGUAAAAUAUUUUAUUUCUUAAACAUACAUUAUGAUAUAUGAAUUGUUUAAUUUGAUUAAUAAUUAGGUACAUUACAUUUAGUACAUUUCUUUGAUGUUUUCUGUUUUUGGUGUUAAUAAUUUGAAAUUAUAUUAUUAUAUUAUAUUGUAUUUAUGUGCAUAUAAUUAUUUUUAAAUUGUUAAUAAUACUGUAAAAUAAAAUACACUGUAUUGUUUUCAUAUACGUGUUAUAGUAAAAUAACCAUUAUUUAAAAAUGAUUCACUUGUUAAUACAAAUAUUAUACUUUUAUAACUUAACAAAGAGUUUCAAAUAAGAUUACUCCAAAUAACCAAAUGAUAGUCUAAAUAUUAUUAUGUUAAAUAUUAAAAUUGUUUAGUUAUCAUAAAUAAUUGUCAAUUAUAUCAUUGAACAUUAUAUCAAAAAUUGUCUGUAUGUAAACAAAUUAACC